AUUACUGAAUAUUUUUAAGAUCCAACACGCGGAAUACGUAACACUUGUAUUGACAACAGUUGACGUUAUUUCCAGUAUGGUAACAGUUUAUUUAGCUGCAGAAGAAAAAUUGUCAGUAGGUUCUACAGCUGAAAGUAUAGAUAAAAAAAUCUUGGAACUCUCCCAGACAAUAACAGACAGACUUGAUGAACUUAAUUUCGAACUUAACAAUGUAGAUACUUAUUUUAAAAAUUAUUUAUCGGAAGAAGUAUUCUCAAAACAGUAUGAACAAGUUUAUGACGAUAUUGAUAGAAUUGAUUUGUUAUAUAAGCAAAGUCAAAAAUGGUUAACAUAUUUGAAAAAAAAUAUAACUUGGGAUCUUGACAGUAAAACUGAUCAAAUGAUAUCUCUUGAUCUCGAUUAUCCACAAUCAAUUUUAUUUGAUAUAAGCAGAAGAUUUUUUCAAAUAAGAAAUAGAAAUAAACCUACUUUUAUUGAAAAGUUUCGUGAUUCAUUAUUGAAUAAAAUAUGUGACGAUGAUCUGACUGCACACUAUCAAUUAUUUUUAUUUUAUAAAAGAAUUAUUUAUACAGAAGUUAAAGGAUUUGGUGCAAUGGCAUUUUCAUAUAUGUGGAGACAUAAAAAUAAUGCUACUAUUUAUGAAAUGAAUGAAGUAAAAAAUGAAAGAAUGCAAAGUAUUAUUAAAUAUACAGAGUUGUUUAAAAAUAUAAUGAAAACGACUAGAAAUUUUAUUCGACGAUGUGAUGUAAAAUACUACAAGGAUAAUAAGACUUAUGCUUCUUUCGAAAAUAUGUAUUACACAACUGUACUUUUUAGAGAGCAUUUUGAGCCCAUUGAAACAAUCAUUGAAUGGGAAAUACCAAAUGCUUUUCGAUUGUGUCAAUUACAUAAUGAUUGCGAUGACAAUAAUCAUAGGUAUGAUAAAAUUUGUCCUGGUUUGAUUAAAAAUUGUCAAAGAGCAUUGACUAUCGAGUAUUGUCAACGAAAAGAAGGAGAUCAAAGAAGUACCAAAAAUUAUUAUUGGAUGAGAAUUAGAAAUUUAGAAAAAUCUAUGGAUUUGGGUGAUACAUAUCGACAAUGCCAGCCAAAUUCGUUACAUAAGAUAAAUAAUUUUCAUACAGAUUAUAUAAAAAAUAUUCAACUUCCAAUUUACUGUGAUUGUAUAGAUGAUAGUAUUUAUACUAGAAGCACUAAUACGAUUAGAGCUUUCAGUUUGUUAUGGUCUCAAACGAGUGCAAACAACAUGGUAGCAACUGGUGCAAGACUUGUUGCUAAAGAUCGAAUGAUUCAUAUUCAGCUUCGUGAAGGUAAACUUUUGCCUUAUGGAGAAAUUGAUAAAAAAACUGAGAGAUGGAUACCACUACCGUCCUUUGAAUAUAAUAAAAAUUUUCCUCAUGUGGCAAUUGAUUUGAAUGACAAGCGAUAUUUAUUGACUGAAAAUAUUGAUUUUAUCUUGAUAAAUCAUCUGUGGGCAAAAACGAUAUGUCUACAAAAAUUGGCUUUUGAUGAAGAACAUUUAUUGACUGGUGUGAGGUUCAACUAUGAACAUCUAGGUAAAGGCUUAGAAAAACGUUUAAAACUUGAAGCAAAAUUUGUUGGUUUUAAUUAUCAACAUGGAAACAUAACAUCUAAAAGAAAAUAUAUUAAACAAUCAUGCAAAAAGCUACCUGAAUUGAUUUUGAAUAAUCCUGAUGAUCCACUCAAAUUUGAAACACAUCCACAUGAUUCUAAGGAAAAUCAAUUUAUUACAAUCAGAGCAUCAGACUUGAUUAAAGAUGCAUCACAAACAACUAUUCCAUUUUUUGAUCUUUUAGAAGUUGCACCUGAAACGAGCGUACCACUCAAUGGAAUUGAAUUAUUUCACAAAGGACAACUUGAUGGUUCAUCUGGUGGAUAUAUUUCUUUAAAAUUAUAUCCAUUAAAUUUGACUAUGUAUAUGAAUCCACCAUUAUUUCAUGACUUUUUAAAUAUUGAAAAUAUAACAGUACCUAAAUUUGGAACUUAA